CAGCCUUGCUUGCCAUCAAGGUGUGUCUGGCAUUGAACUGCGUUGACGUUUCUUCUCGAGCUCGAAGUAUUUGCUUAGUUGACUUUCUCGGACGAUCAAAAUGUCGUCGGGGAAGACGAAAUCGAAAAAAAGUGGAUCGAAGAAGAAGGUUCAACGUGCAACUUCCAACGUGUUCGCAAUGUUUGAUCAGACGCAGAUUCAUGAGUUUAAAGAAGCAUUCAAUGUGAUCGAUCAGGACCGAGAUGGAAUCAUCAGCGCUAAAGACCUGACGGAGAUGUUCAACUCUCUGGGCAGGCCCCAGAAGGACGAAUAUAUCGAGGACAUGCUGGGGGAAGCCACCGGCACGGUGAAUUUUACCAUGUUUAUGACGCUGUUCUCGGAGAACAUGCACGGGACUGAUCCCGAAGACAUGAUCAGGAGUGCGUUCACGACUUUCGAUCCCGAUGGAACUGGAAUCAUCAACGAGGACAGACUGCGACCACUGCUGAUGAAAAUCGGGGACAGGUUUACAGAGGACGAAUGCGAUGAAAUGUUUCAUUGUGCGAAUGCUGAUGACGAUGGCAACUUCAAUUACGUGGAAUUCACCAAAACCAUCAAACACGGUGAACAAGAUGACUGAUUAACAGAAGGAAAGAACUUUAUCAUUACAAGGAACAGAACUGUUCGUAAAUAGCUAGCCUAGAAAUUUUCAUUUUAUUGUAGUGCAACAGAAUGAUUUUGGAUAAUUAAUUCAGAUGAUUAAACUGGUGAUUUUGUCAUUUA